AUGGCUCUAUUGACAUAUGUAGGCUUUCAUUACAACGAGAGCAUCCCUUACGACCUUAAUUUACUUGCCCAUCGUGCCCUAGCCAUCGACUUCAUAUCUGAGAUGAAGGUCGACAGACCUGACGUUAUCGACUUCCUUCUCCAGGAAAUACAUCCGAAACAGAGCAUGACACAGGAACAGACCCCGACACAGGAACAUAGCACGACACAAAUUCAGUUUCACCAUUACAUCCCAAGGUUCAUUCUCAAGACGUUUGCGGACAACUUCUCGCUUAGCAACAACGAGUUCACUACGGACACCUCAAACCCCAAUCUCUCAUGGUUCAAGACAAGAAAUCCUAGUAAGCCCAGACGCAAAGUGCGGCCCAGACACGACAUCAAUAUCUACCGAGUAGAGGACCACACCACGAAUCCGAUCGACGUCUCACGAGCGUAUGGUGCCGAGGACAUGUACCGGGAUGUUACCGAGGCCGAUUGCAUGAAGUUUGAAAAGCUUCUUGCCAAACAUGAGUCCACUUCUGCUACGUUUAUCCGACAGAUUUGGAAUGAGGACGGAGACCUUUCGUUGACCCGAACCCAACUCGGGGAUAUGAAGAAGUUUCUGUGUGUUAUGAUGUACCGUAGCGAGUACCGCAGAAGUCAUUAUUUUAACCAGAGAUUUGACCUCCUCUUCGAGAUGUCAGUCAAAAGACACAUGGACCACAAUAAGCUCUCCAACGCUCAGACAGUCUGGUUCGAGAACCUCAAGUGGAUCAUCGAGGCCCCCGUCGAGGAUAUCGUGGAGGAGUAUCGGAAAUCUAUUGUGGCGAGAGUCGAGUCAGAGACACCUACCGCGCUUUUAAGUCCAUACCAGGGACCGAUUCAUGCUGCUGAACUGGAGGACUUCGGCUAUUUGAUGACACAAACAAUUACCUGCAUCUGGCAGGCAGAGACAGGGUCGGAAUUCAUCCUAUCCGAGGCUUGCUUUGGUGCUUGGGAAGGCGACACUGGCAUCUGGUUCCACAAUUUUUUCGUCGUCUCGCCCCGAUUCGCGAUCGUCCUGGUCAACCCUCUUUACAUGGCCGAGAAGAACAAGCAGAAACCUCGUUGGACCUCGAUGUUUGAGGGCAAGCUUCAUGUCAUUCCAGAGACCAUCUACAAGAAGGGACCUUGGUCCAAGGAUGUGGACCUCGCGACUCAUUCCUCUCCGGACGAUUUAUUUAAAUACAAGAGGAUUGUUGUCCCCAAGGAAGACGUUUAUAAGGUCAACGCGAUCUUGUUGGACGAUCGACGCCAGUUUUUGACGUACAAGUCCAAUGUUUCUAUGUACAAAUCCCUGCGCUAUUACGACAAGGUCAAGAAGGAGAUGUUUCAUGAUUGUCACGAUUACUCCAUCCUUCAACAUAAACUGUUUUCUGACCUUAACAGGACGCAUCCAGUAGACCAGUAG